AUGGUUAGAACACGAGGUUUAGGUCGUGACUUAGGAACUGGUAGAGGCAGAGACUUGAGUCAGGAUGCGCAUGAGCCUGAAGUUCGUCGGCGUCAUUGGCCUACUGCUUCAGUACAUUGGCAACAGGUUCAUGUGACUGAGGACGUUACUCAGAAACCUAAGGAUGUGCCUCAGUUGAAUGAGGAUGUUCCUCAUGUGUCUGACGCUACUCCGGAGAUGACAAGCGCCGUUGAUGUUGCGGACGCAGAGGGAGUGGCUAGUGAUGGUAGCUUGGGUUCACCUGCUGUUGAUGAGGGAUUCCCUGGUGGGCCACGCGACCCAUCAGUUUUGACUGGUUUUGCUGAGCAUGUCGCACACAGCAUCUGGAGUGGAGAGGAACGACCCAAUCUGAAGUUGGUCUCCCAUGGUAGAAAAGUAGAUAAAUUUGGGAGACUAGCGCCUGAGAUAGAAGACAUGAUUGCAGCCACCAGAUUGAGUCCACUGAUCAGGUGUUCUAUAAUCACCACUGAUCCUGGACUUAUAUCCGCCUUCGUCAUGAGGUGGCAUAGGGAGACCAGUACCUUCCACCUGCCAGUAUGA